GUGAACAAUGUUGGAACAAACAUCAGGAAGCCAACCACUGAGUAUACUGCUGAAGAAUAUUCGAUGCUCAUGGCUACCAACUUUGAAUCUGCUUACCAUCUUUGUCAACUUACACAUCCUCUCCUGACAGCAUCUGGAAACGGAAGUGUUGUAUUCAUCUCCUCAGUUGCAGGCCUGGUGAAUGUAUUUUCUGGAUCCAUUUAUGGAGCAAGUAAAGGUGCAAUGAAUCAACUUACAAAGAAUUUGGCUUGUGAGUGGGCAAAAGACAAGAUUCGGGUCAAUUGCGUUGCACCUUGGUACAUCAAAACCUCACUUGUUGAACAUUUGCUUGAAAACAAAGAGUUCCUGAAAAAUUUGGUAUCUAGAACUCCUCUAAGGCGUCCCGGAGAACCAGAGGAAGUCUCAUCCCUGGUGGCUUACCUUUGUCUACCGGGUGCCUCUUACAUUACUGGGCAGAUUGUGGCUGUUGAUGGGGGUAUGACUGUGAACGGUUUUGAGUCUUAA